ACUUUUAAUGGCGUCCGCCGCUAUCAUUGCCGUUGUCGUUUGACCCGAUCUCCGUUCUCCACCUUUACGUACCCAGUUAUUUGUUUGGUGUUUACACGCUGUCGUUUCGCGCACUUUGAAUCUCAACUGUUCGCGUUUUUUUUACCCGUUAACGUACCAUCCCUUGUGCAUACUCUCAUCGCUAAACCGUAAGCCACGGUUCCACAAUAUUAUCAUCGUAAACUAUAAUCUAUCUACCUAACGUCAUCAUGUCAACCAAACGACAACCCAAAGGCAAGUCGAAUGGCGUGUCCCGCAAAAAGGCAAAGAUCGUCGAGGAUGACCCGCCGGCGUUGAGCGAAGAAGAAGAUGACGAUGACCGGAAAUCCGACGACGACGAUGUGGACGAAAUGACCGAGGACAAUGCGUCCCUCGUAAGUUACCCUACUAACCUAUUGAAUCCAAGCAACAGUAUAAUUGUAACCUGGUCGGUAUUGCUUUUUAAAAAUGGGUCCACUGCAUUGGCUCUUACAUUGUUUGUGUGUUCUACUGAUUGAUAAACCAUCACUCACUUGUCCAUAAAUUGUUUGAUAAUCUACCAAUCGCUUCCAUCUGGACCGUCUCGACUACCUACACAGGAACAUAUUGUUUUAUUGUUGCAAUAUCUGACCAUUCUAACAUUUUUGUAAAUUUGUGUUCAAAAUGUAAUUAUCAUUACCUACAAUUUUUUUGUAUCAUUUAGGUAACCUACACUUAAACAUUAUCCAUUUAUGCCAUUUAUGUAAUACUAAAUCCUAAUCGGUUAUUAAAAGGAUUAUUAAUAUUUGUUUUUAAUGUUAAUGAAGAAAUAAAUUGUUAAUAUUGUUACCCAAGUACUAACAUAACCACUAAUAACCUACUUUAUUUUGGUAAACAUAGUUGCCUAAUACCUAAGUAAUGUAAACGGUGAAAUUGUAAAAUUUAAUUUAAUAUAAAAUGCCGAUAGCUUUUAUUGCUUGUUUUUAAAGUCUUAUACAAAGGUGGUUAUUAAUUUAUUCUACCUUUUUAAUAUCUAAUAAGUUAUAUCAAAGAUAAAUAAUUUGUUUUUCUCUGUCCAGAAACUUGUUUGUAUAUUUUAAAUUAUAUCAUAAUUUAUGUACCUACCUUACAUAGGUAUAUAGGUUAUGUAUAGAACAAAGUUUUUUUCUUGUUUACAUGUUUCGUGGGUAGAUUUUUAUGAAUUGUAAACAUUUAUUCUGUAUAAUGGUUUUUAAGUAUUAAUAAUCUUGAUAGAUAGACUCUGAAUGAAGUUUUGAAAUGAUUAAAAUAAACAUGUCUACCUAGGUUCUUUUAUAAUAAAAUAUUAAAUAUCUAGAAUAUGUGUUAAUUCUCUAAAAAUAUAAGAUACUUCAUUACAUUGAAAUUAAAUUUAUUCAAUAGAGAGUAAAGGGUCCGGAUCACAGUGGUAUUGUACUUUUGACUGGUGGAACUAAUUGGGAUUUAAAUGGCCGCAAAUCUAUGCCAAAAGGAUGCAAGUCUGUUGGACGCAACUUAUACGAACCACAUUUAUUCGGACCAUUAAAAGAUACUCGUAUUCGUUUGGUAGUGAGUAGUUGCAACUCUUCACACACCAUUUUUAUUACUGAGGAAGGCAAAGCAUUGUCUUUAGGUAUGUAUUAAAAUAUUUAUACCAGUUAUUCAAUUUUUUUUUUUAAUUUUACGACUACAUUUUCAGGUCGCAAUGAAAGAGGUCAACUUGGAGUUAAAGAUUUGCUCAGACGUGAUAUUCCUACUCCAAUUGAAGGCUUACCUGAUCAUGCUAUUGUUAAUGCUGCUACUGGCCGUGGCCAUACAUUGCUUCUCACUGGUAUUUUUAUAAAGAUUAUUUCUUGCAUACAUUUUUUUCCCCGGAAAAUAUUUAUUUAAACAUUGCAUUCAUGUAAAAUUAUUUGUUAUGUAUAUAAAUGCAAUGUUAUACUGGUUUUAAAAAUAUUGAUUUAUAUAUUGAUUAAAAAAUGAAAUUGUAGGUACUUAUUUUCUUUAUUAAUUUUCAUAGUUAUAGUCUUUAAACAAUGUAAUUAUAUGUUUAAGAUCGUGGAGCAGUAUACAGUUGCGGUGAUAACAAGAAUAGUCAGUGUGGCGUGAAGAGCAAAGACCCCUUAAUUACUACAGCAAUGAGGGUCAGUAUAGUACAUAUUUACAUGUACACAUAUUGAUAAACCAUAAAUUAGGCUGUACCCAGCAAUAAUACAUACAAAAAACUUAAUUUUUAUUAUUACUAAAAAUAUUAAAUGAAAGUACUCCUAAAUAUUUGAUUAAAUGUGUUCAAUAUUCUUGUAUUUGAUAAAGUUUGCAUUAAAUUUUUAGAUUAAAUAUAAUGGACCACCGAUUGUCAAGGUUGGCUGCGGUGCUGAAUUCAGUAUUUUGCUUGACUGCAAGGGUACUUUGUAUUCAUUUGGUUUGCCAGAGUAUGGCCAAUUAGGACACAAUACUAAUGGCGAGUAUAUAGAGAGGGCUGGUGCAAUUAAUUUUGCUACAAUAAAACAACCUAAGGCCAUAAUGACUUUUGUUGAAAAGACAAAAAAUAAAGUAGAAAUAUUGCCAAAACCUGAAAUCAGAGAUUUUGCGUGUGGUACAAAUCAUACAGUAAGAUAAAAAAAAUAUAUAUAUAUUUCCAAAAAAUUAAUUUAUUUCCUUUCAGGUUGCUAUUGAUGAUCACAAAAAAGCGUACUCUUGGGGAUUUGGUGGUUAUGGACGACUUGGACAUUCAGAACCAAAAGAUGAAUUGCAACCAAGGCUUAUUAAAUACUUUGACGUUCAAAGGAGUGGUGUAAAGUAUGUUGCAUGUGGACCUGCAUUCAGUAUUGCAAUCAAUGAAUUUGGUAUGUUUCUUAAAAAUAUUUUGUAUCACAAUUGAAUAUUUUAUCAAUUUUUAUAAACAAAUUUAUUAGUUAUAUUUUAAAUGCUUGGAUUAUUUUUUAAUAUUUGUUAUCUAAUGUAUUUAUAUUUUAUAUUAGGUGCUGUUUAUUUGUUUGGUCAAAUGAGCAGUCGAGGAGAAGCUAAUAUGUAUCCGAAACCGGUACAAGAUCUUCAUGGUUGGAAUUUACGCAGUAUUGGCACAUGUUCUAUUGGUUUAGUAGCAGCAGCUGAUGAUUCGUGUAUUGUUUGGGGUUCUGGAACUAGUUCUGGUGAACUGGUAAUUAAAAACAUAAAUUAUUUUUGUGUAAUAAAAACCUUAAAUACAUUGGAAUAUUUUAGGGUCUUGGUGAGUUAAAGAAAUCCAGUGCCAAACCAUGUGAAAUGAAGAAACUUGAUGGACUUUAUGUAGAACAAGUGGCUUGUGGAAGUGCACACACAUUUUUACUUACUCGUGAUCUUUCAGAAGACGAUAAGGAUAUUAUUUCUUCAAUGCCAGAAUAUAAACCUGUCAUUGCUUAAUAAUUCUCCAAUGAUCAGGUAAACAACAAAUAAUGAUUUAAUUAUUAUAAAUAUUAUUUUUACUUUUUUUUUUAUUAUUUGUAUUAUUGAACCAAGUGGUAUUUAAUAAUUUUUUUACUAUAUUUUAAUUUUUUUUUCUACAAUAUCCUUUCCAUUAGUCUUAAGCAUUAAUGUAAAUGGGCGGAACAAUGUAAGUACUAUGUUCCUGCUAGGUACAUGAUUAACUGGUCUGUUCUCAAUUUUUUUUUUCCUUUUAUCUUUUGUUUGUCGAGUGACAAACAAUUAUAAUUUAUACUAGUAAAUGAAUAAUUAAAAUAAUAUAAAAGAACCGUUUUUAAAAAAAUAAUAAUUACAAUAUUGUUAUUUAUUUUAUACCUUUGAUAUUUCAAUCCAUUCACAUCCUUUAUGUAUUAAAUAUUAAUAUAUCAGUUACAUUAUAUAUAACCUUACAUAUUAUUAUUGAAGAAAUUUAUAAUGUUAUAAAAAUUUGCAGCCAAUUCAUCUCUGUCCAGCACAUAACAGUACAAUGUUUAACUUUGAAUAUACAAUAACAUUUCU